UUGUAAAGACGCAAUUCAGCAACGUCAUUCAUCAACGCAAUUCAAGAACGUAGAAUAUGUAAUAAUUACACCUGUAGGCGAUAUAUGCAAACAUAAAUGCAAUGGCGUGUGACUCACUCAAAAGAUGUAUGUAAAUAUACAUGUGAUGGCGUGUCAGUGACUCACUCAAAUAAUUGCAGAAUAUGGUAUAUAAACCAUAAAAACUUGAAUCGCUAAGCAUAAUCUCAGAAUCUCAUAAACUAAACUUUGACUAAACUUUCUAUUAACUAGCACCGAAAUAUAAUUAUCAACAAAAUGACAUUUUGGAGCAACAAGCGCUGCACAUAUGGACUGCCUAAGAAGUUCAACAUUUCUGUAAUGGGAUCGAGAGGAUGUGGCAAGUCAUCCAUUGUCAACCAAUUCAUGCACAACUGUCGGACCACAAAUCAGAAAGCUUCAGAGAACAUACAUUCAUUUAACAUUCAGAAUGGUGAUAAAAGUAUCUCAUUUGAUAUACUGGAUACGACUGACUCGUGUUAUUACCCAACAACCAUGAGGAAGUUUCCAAUAGCUGAUAGCCAAGCAUUCAUACUGGUGUAUGCCCUGGACGAUCCAGAUUCAUUUGAUGAAGCAAUUAACAUCUAUAACGAAAUCUGCAAGCAACGAAAAUCUAAGCCUGGGGUACACAUACCAAUUGUGUUUGUGGCCAACAAAAGCGACCUAUGGGAUGAAUGGGAUGACGAAAUAACUUUGAUGAAUCGUGUGAUCUCACAAACCACUGUUGAGAUAGAUAUGGAGAUGGCGCAUCUAGAGGUAUCUGCUAGAGAUAAUAUUAAUGUUAUUGACAUUUUUGAAAAAAUCCUACAACUCAUUGGGUGUAUGUUUCCACUGAAAAAAACAAUAGAGCAACAGAGGCUUUCAAACAUACAACCACCAAAGCCGAAAUCAAAACUACGCCAAAUUUUAUCAUUGAUCUCGAAGAAGCCAAAAGAUCCAGAAGUUAGCGAAGUGAAAAUAAAUAUGAUAGGCAUUGAAGAUGAUCUAGGUAGCAGUGUUAGUGACUCCAGUUCUUAUAACUGCUCAGACUUCAGUUCAUACAGUUCAAUUUCCCCAAGAAAAGCAUCCCUCCCCUCCAGCGCCCUCUAUAAAAGCAUAUGGGCCUCCUCAUAUGAAACUAUCCCAGCCACCUCUUCAAUGCUAAACAUUAAUGAUAAAGAAGAUGCUUUGUUCCGCAAGGGAAGCCUUGACUGGCCUAGAUGCUCAAAUGACUUACAGGUUCCAAGGAAAGAGGAGCGUAGAAAAUCCCUUGAUACACAAUUAACGAAAAUGAAGCAGAAUAGGUACAGAAAUGACCGUCUAUUUACACCUUUGAUAGAUGCCACCAACAAGCAGAAUUCACCAAAGUCAUCCUAUGAAGCAAUUCCAACAUUUGACUUUCUCAUCAAGACAGAAUCACUAUCAUUUGAAGAUGAAGUUCAUAAAAUGGCAAACUCAGAUUUGGAGAAAGAAACAGAAACUAACAAAAGUUUAAUGAACCUUUGUAAAAGCAUUCAAAUAGAUGCAGUGAGCAUCAUGCAAUGUCUACCUAGACAACCUAAACAUUAUGUCAGGUAUUAUGACUGACAAGAUUAGGAGCUUCAGAUAUACAUAUAUACAGGGUGUUCAUAGUCUUUUAAAUAAUUUGCAAUACAAAGUAUUUACUGUGUAAAGUGUAGUGAGAUGUUAUGCACACCCUGUAUGACUGUUUUCUUCAAUGGUUGAUGUAGAGGUUCGAGAUUAUUUUAAAAUAUAUGAAGAUUACUGUCGUAGAGUAAAAAUGUUUUUGAGAUUUUGACUCAAAUACGUUAUAAAAAGUGUAGUUAUGAAUUCCUGAUAGUAACAGACAUAUGUAAUAAAUUUAAAUGCAUAAUUGUAGUGAUUUGAUGUUAUUAAAGAAUUAAGUGUGAAUCACAAUGUAAUUAUCACUCUUAGUCACUGUCACUAUUUAUUCAAAGAAUUACCUAUAAUUAUUUUUGUUACUAUUUGUUAAUAUUUUUACGUUUUUUCCUCAUUGAUGAGAAUUUGUGUCUGUUUUAUGUAUUUAAGUUGCUGACAAAUAAAUUUUGAAAGAGCUUAAUAAAAGUUUGUGUUUUUGACCAUCUUUAACCUGACCGACCCCUUCUCUAAAAUGGAAUAAUUAUUUCUCUAUUGUUAAUCUCUUACUUUUCUCAUGGGAGGCGUUCCAUUCUUGAUCUUGAGGAGGAACUUCAUUAUCUUCCUCUCCUUCUGUUCCUCUGGUGAUAGUGUCUCCUCAUCCACAUCUACAAGCAGCUUGUCAAAGUACUGGAUGUCAUCUGGUUUCAUCAUUGGCAAAUUGCCCUUGGGUUGCAUGUCAACCAUCUGAACCU